CUUCACGAGCUGGGGGAUAUACAUGCGACUCCUCACUAUUUCGUAAAUUCGGAAUCUAUUCUGGACAGCGUUUGAGGACAGACUACUCUUCUCACGCUAAGAACCCGUGACACAUUUUGACUUAAGAGCUGGUUCCUGCAGUGCUUCAGGACAAUGACGGCCAUCAAUGCUCCACAGGACAAGUAUAAUGCGGUGUGGAUAAUUUUCUUCGUCCUUGGCUUGGGAACCCUCCUGCCAUGGAACUUCUUCAUGACUGCAACCAUGUACUUCACCAGCCGACUGAAGGACCCGGCCGUCGAAGGCUCAGUGAAUCUGACGGCCAACGCCACGGUAGAUGAGGCAGACACGAGGAACGUCCUGGAGUCCAAGUUCAACAAUGUGAUGACCCUGUGUGCCAUGGUGCCCCUGCUCAUCUUCACCUGCCUUAACUCCUUCAUCCACCAGAGGAUCCCUCAGAAUUGCCGUAUCGCCGGCUCCCUGUCUGUGAUCCUGUUGGUGUUCCUGUUGACGGCGGUGCUGGUCAAAGUGGACAUGAGCCCUCUCCCCUUCUUUUGUUUCACCAUGAUCAAAAUUAUCUGCAUCAAUUCGUUUGGGGCAGUGCUGCAGGGCAGUUUGUUUGGCCUGGCUGGGAUGCUGCCGGCCUCCUACACUGCACCUAUCAUGAGUGGACAGGGCCUCGCCGGGACCUUCGCUGCCUUCUCUAUGAUCUGUGCCCUGGCCAGUGGCUCGGCCCUACAGGACAGUGCCUUUGGCUACUUCAUCACAGCGUGCGUGGUCGUCUUCCUGGCCAUCCUGUCCUACUUCGCUCUGCCCAGAAUGGACUUUUUCCAGUACUACCUGGAAAGUAAUGGAUCCAGGCCAGCCGGCGGAGAUGAAGAGAACAAGAUGGACCUUUUGAAAAAAGACAGCCCAGCACAGAAGAGGCCGGUGGUCAGUCUGACAGAGGAGGAAACCAGGUCCACCAUAUCUGUGUUUGCCAUCUUUAAACGGAUCUGGGUAAUGGCCCUUUCUGUGUGCUUCGUGUUCACCAUCACCAUCGGAACAUUCCCUGCAGUCACAGUUGACGUCAGGUCCACUGUGGCCGAUGGGGGAGCCUGGGAUAAAUACUUCAUCCCUGUGUCGUGUUUCCUGCUCUUCAACGUGAUGGACUGGGCAGGCAGAAGUCUGACGGCCGUGUGUAUGUGGCCCGGUAAGGACAGCAUCAUCCUGCCAGUCAUGGUGGGUCUCCGUGUGGUCUUCGUGCCUCUCUUCAUGCUGUGUAACGUCCAGCCCAGGAACUACCUGCCCGUGCCGUUCGCCCACGACGCCUGGUACAUCCUCUUCAUGAUCUUCUUCUCCUUCAGCAACGGCUACCUGGCCAGCCUCUGCAUGUGCUUCGGACCAAAGAAAGUGGCACAACACGAAGCGGAGACAGCCGGCGCCAUCAUGGCCUUCUUCCUGUCUCUGGGUUUGGCUCUGGGAGCAGCCCUGUCCUUCGUCUUCAGAAUCAUUAUCUAGACCCGAAACACCCCCUUCUAACCAACCUGCCGUGGAGGAGGUGAUGAACUUUUCUCUGUUAAUUGUUUUGUUCUUCUCACACGGGAGCAACGCUAGAACACUCGGAAGCAGCCAGCCUGUCUGUGCUUCCCCUCCUGCCACUGACUGAUGUUACGCUUUCAUUAUGAAAGAAUGCAAAGUUCAUCUAGUUCAGCUGCCUAUGUUACUGCUCUCAUAUCUUGUUCUAGUUGCCAAUAUCUAUAAUGUCUCUCAUCCUCCAAGAACCAUGGUGGAAAACAGGAGCUCUCCACUCAAGGGAUUAUUUCAGUUUAUUGAUCAAAAUGCCGCUAUGAGCCAUUUAUAUGGAUUGUGAAACUACCCGACUUAUGUCUUGGUGUGUGUUAUCAUUGAAUUGUAUGGGCAUUCUAGUUUAGAAUGUUUUAAAUCUCAAUGGAGUUUUACCAGCCUACGUCAGUGUGUAAAUGCUCAUUGUGGUAUAGCCUUGCCAUGACAUGUAAAGGAAUUUGAAAAGCUUUACCACAGUGACAUGUAGCUAUUAAUUACAUGUGUUGUGCCAACGAACGGUGAGGGUAGGAGUUUGUAAACUCACCUCAUUUGUUCUGCCAGUUUGUGCCAUUUUUGCGAGUUUUAUCAUCAAAACAUUUUGUACCAGAUCUAGUUUUGAGUGCCAUAUUUUAAAACCGGAUUGGCACAAGUUAAGUUCGCCUGGUUCGUAUCAAUCAGGUUUUUAUGAAGAAAAAAUAAAUGCAACGUGCCGAGGGCUUUAAAGUACGACUAAAUAUUUUGCUGUGCAAACUUUUUAAUUAGGGAGCACCAGGGAAACAAACAUCUGUGUGUGUGUUCAUAAUUGUAAUAAGGCUUUGCUGUACCGUUGUUUCCCAAGCGCAUAAUCGUUAGCGUCAUGCUUGCACCAUUACUACAGCGAAAACUGCUAGUUUCUAGCCCAAACAGUUCGAAAGAUCUUUGACCCAUAUUACUGGUGGAAAGUUUUAUCUUCCUGUAAAGGAUUGGGGGGCUGCAUUUUACAUUCAUAAACUGCUCUAAAA